AUGUCCUCAGUGGAUUUCCAUGGCGGCGAUUUCGAUGUGUUGUACUCGGAGCAUGAUAGCAAAAGGGUGGACGAUGUUUUUCGGCUGCAAUUGUUUUUUAUGAAAUUCAUGGGGCAGGUGCCCAUAAAAUUGGAGAAUUACUUCCCCUCGCCAUUGAAGGCAUUAUGUCGCCGCCUUGCCAUGUGUUACUGUGUCUUUUGUGUGUUUUCAAAUUUGCAUCUCUCGCUUUUGUAUAUGAAAACUACGCUAGAUAUGCUGGAGAGCGGCGAACUGGAAGAGAUCACCGACGCCCUGACCAUGGCCAUAAUUUUCUCAUUUUCCACCUUUGCCACCUGCUAUUGGUUAAUCAGAUCGCAGACUCUGCUCAAGUUUAUAAGCAAGGUCAACAGAGAGUAUCGUCAUCAUUCCUUGGCAGGUUUAACAUUUGUCAGCGCCAAGCAAUCCAUCCGUUUGGCUCAUAAGGUCAGUCUAUACUGGUUGAUUUCCUGCACCGUGGGAGUGGUGAGUUGGGCCUUGGCUCCCUUGCUAUUGGGAUCGCAUACUUUGCCGCUGAAGUGCUGGUAUCCAUUUGAUCCGUUGAAACCAGGUCUGUACACAUUCAUUUAUGCAACCCAAGUGUGGUGUCAAUUUCUAAUGGGCUGCAUUUUCGGUAACGGCUCUGCGCUGUUUGUUUCUGUGGUCGUUAUUAUGUUGGGCCAAUUCGAUGUCCUUUAUUGCAGUCUUAAGAAUGUCACCCACCAUGCGCAACUUUUAACGGGUGAGGAUCUAAACAUUUUGAGAAAAAUUCAACAGGAGUUACCAAAGUCCCAAGAUGAUGAAUUAAAUCAGUAUGCCCUUCUGAUCGAGCAUCCCACAAACCUGAAGGAGCUUUCCGUUUCAAAAAUGACCCACAAUGCGAAUCUGGGGCAAGCUCUUCAUGAUUCCUUGGUCGAGUGUGUGCACAUUCAUCAGUUUAUACUGCAGAGCUGUGACACUUUGGAGAUGCUCUACAACCCAUAUUGCCUUGUCAAGUCUCUGCAGAUUACCCUACAGCUGUGUCUCCUGGCAUUUGUUGGGGUGGCGGGUGAACGCUCUGCCAUGAGGGCAAUCAACUUGGUGCAAUAUCUUAUGCUGACGCUGUCCGAGUUACUGAUGUUUACCUACUGUGGCGAGAUGCUUAGCAGUCACAGCAUUCGAGCUGGUGAAGCCUUUUGGCGUUCUCAGUGGUGGAUCAAUGGCCAUCUUUAUAAAAACGACAUUUUAAUGUUUCUGGUCAACACCAGACGAAUGGUGAAACUAACAGCGGGCAAAUUCUAUCUCAUGGAUGUGCAACGACUGCGUUCGGUCAUAACCCAGGCAUUUUCAUUCCUCACCUUGCUGCAGAAGUUGGCAGAGAAAAAUCAGUAACCACUUUCCACGUCGCUUAUUUGAGUGUGCUUAUUACCACCCCAGCCCCAGAUAGCAGCCCUCAGUGUUGCGCUGGCACUGCUGUCUCGUUUCCGUUUGAGUUGCCAUUUAUGCACCCCGUUCCCGCCGCUGUUCAUAUUCGCUUUUGAUGAUUUUAUGUAAAUCACACCCUCGCUAGCUGCCUGUAGUCACCUUUCGAUGCGUUUAAUUUUUAAUGUUUAUUAACAUAAAAUUGCUUUUCGCUUCAAUUUAAUUACAACCAAAUUCUGCAGAUACAAA